AUGUUUCCUUCAUUGUACUACCUGGUCCCAGUAUUGGGGGGCUAUGCUGUCACCUCAUAUUAUCUGCUGAAAAACCCCCAUGUCCUGCACAAGAAAAAGAGGCUUCCCUUCUACUGCCGACACAUUUCUCACCGUGGGGGUAAGUCAUCAAUUUAUUUAUAUAUUAACCUUUUCAUGUCAGGAAGGCCCAUUAAACAGCAAAAUGGGAGUUUAGGGUUUAAACAACAUUAUAUGCUGCCCGCAAAGAGCUUGCAAUCUAAUUGAUACUGGUAUAACAGCAUUGCAGGUAUGUAUAAACUACCCAUCUGCUCCCUGUUCUGAUAAAAUGUAUAAUAUCUCUCUGAGUGUCACUCACAGAGGCAUUCCUCCUCUCUGUGCUGGUUCUGUGCUCUGAUUGGGUAUUCUAUUAGGGUUCCAUCCUUUAAUGUAUGGGUAUAUCUGGGUGUUCUAUUAGGGUUCCAUCCUUUAAUGUAUGGGUAUAUCUGGGUGUUCUAUUAGGGUUCCAUGCUUUAAUGUAUGGGUAUACCUGGGUGUUCUAUUAGGGUUCCAUCCUUUAAUGUAUGGGUAUAUCUGGGUAUUCUAUUAGGGUUCCAUCCUUUAAUGUAUGGGUAUAUCUGGGUGUUCUAUUAGGGUUCCAUGCUUUAAUGUAUGGGUAUAUCUGGGUGUUCUGUUAGGGUUCCAUCCUUUAAUGUAUGGGUAUAUCUGGGUGUUCUAUUAGGGUUCCAUGCUUUAAUGUAUGGGUAUAUCUGGGUGUUCUAUUAGGGUUCCAUGCUUUAAUGUAUGGGUAUAUCUGGGUGUUCUGUUAGGGUUCCAUCCUUUAAUGUAUGGGUAUAUCUGGGUGUUCUGUUAGGGUUCCAUGCUUUAAUGUAUGGGUAUAUCUGGGUGUUCUGUUAGGGUUCCAUGCUUUAAUGUAUGGGUAUAUUUGGGUGUUCUGUUAGGGUUCCAUCCUUUAAUGUAUGGGUAUAUCUGGGUGUUCUAUUAGGGUUCCAUGCUUUAAUGUAUGGGUAUAUCUGGGUGUUCUAUUAGGGUUCCAUCCUUUAAUGUAUGGGUAUAUCUGGGUGUUCUAUUAGGGUUCCAUCCUUUAAUGUAUGGGUAUAUCUGGGGGUUCUAUUAGGGUUCCAUGCUUUAAUGUAUGGGUAUACCUGGGUGUGGGUAUAUCUGGGUGUUCUAUUAGGGUUCCAUCCUUUAAUGUAUGGGUAUAUCUGGGUGUUCUAUUAGGGUUCCAUCCUUUAAUGUAUGGGUAUAUCUGGGUGUUCUAUUAGGGUUCCAUCCUUUAAUGUAUGGGUAUAUCUGGCUGUUCUAUUAGGGUUCCAUCCUUUAAUGUAUGGGUAUAUCUGGCUGUUCUAUUAGGGUUCCAUGCUUUAAUGUAUGGGUAUAUCUGGCUGUUCUAUUAGGGUUCCAUCCUUUAAUGUAUGGGUAUAUCUGGGUGUUCUAUUAGGGUUCCAUCCUUUAAUGUAUGGGUAUACCUGGGUGUUCUAUUAGGGUUCCAUGCUUUAAUGUAUGGGUAUACCUGGGUGUUCUAUUAGGGUUCCAUCCUUUAAUGUAUGGGUAUAUCUGGCUGUUCUAUUAGGGUUCCAUGCUUUAAUGUAUGGGUAUAUCUGGGUGUUCUAUUAGGGUUCCAUCCUUUAAUGUAUGGGUAUACCUGGGUGUUCUAUUAGGGUUCCAUCCUUUAAUGUAUGGGUAUACCUGGGUGUUCUAUUAGGGUUCCAUCCUUUAAUGUAUGGGUAUACCUGGGUGUUCUAUUAGGGUUCCAUGCUUUAAUGUAUGGGUAUACCUGGGUGUUCUAUUAGGGUUCCAUCCUUUAAUGUAUUGGUAUAUCUGGGUAUUCUAUUAGGGUUGAAUUGCUUUAAUGUAUGGGUAUAUCUGGGUGUUCUAUUAGGGUUCCAUGCUUUAAUGUAUGGGUAUAUCUGGGUGUUCUAUUAGGGUUCCAUCCUUUAAUGUAUGGGUAUAUCUGGGUGUUCUAUUAGGGUUCCAUGCUUUAAUGUAUGGGUAUAUCUGGGUGUUCUAUUAGGGUUCCAUGCUUUAAUGUAUGGGUAUAUCUGGGUGUUCUAUUAGGGUUCCAUCCUUUAAUGUAUGGGUAUAUCUGGGUGUUCUAUUAGGGUUCCAUCCUUUAAUGUAUGGGUAUAUCUGGGUGUUCUAUUAGGGUUCCAUCCUUUAAUGUAUGGGUAUAUCUGGGUGUUCUAUUAGGGUUCCAUCCUUUAAUGUAUGGGUAUAUCUGGGUGUUCUAUUAGGGUUCCAUGCUUUAAUGUAUGGGUAUAUCUGGGUGUUUGCACACAUUACGCUGCUCAUUAUUGGGGUUUAUUUAUUAAGCUGUAGUGAAUGUAACUGCAGUGUUUAAACAACAACAACCUAUUUGGAAAUAUUCUGCAAACCAGCUACAUUCUCGACAGAAUUUUUGGCUUGGUUAGUGCCUGACCUUUGUAUUAAUUUGUGUUGGACUGUCACUGUGUAUUUACAUGCUAUAGGUAGAAGGAAAGACUCCGUCCACAAUACAGAAUUCAGUCUUUCACACAUAUUUCUGCUAUUCAAAAGAAGGUGUAUUACUGCCUAUUGUGUCAGUCAGGGUGUAUUACUGCCUAUUGUGUCAGUCAGGGUAUAUUACUGCCUAUGGGGCCGGUCAGGGUGUAUUACUGCCUAUUGUGUCAGUCAGGGUGUAUUACUGCCUAUGGGGCCAGUCAGGGUGUAUUACUGCCUAUGGGGCCGGUCAGGGUGUAUUACUGCCUAUGGGGCCAGUCAGGGUGUAUUACUGCCUAUUGUGUCAGUCAGGGUGUAUUACUGUCUAUUGUGCCAGUCAGGAUGUAUUACUGCCUAUGGGGCCGGUCAGGGUGUAUUAGUCCCUAUGGGGCCAGUCAGGGUGUAUUACUGCCCAUGGGGCCAGUCAGGGUGUAUUACUGCCUAUUGUGUCAGUCAGGGUGUAUUACUGCCUAUGGGGCCGGUCAGGAUGUAUUUCUGCCUAUUGUGUCAGUAAGGGUGUAUUACUGCCUAUUGUGUCAGUCAGGGUGUAUUACUGCCUAUUGUGCCAGUCAGGGUGUAUUACUGCCUAUGGGGCCGGUCAGGGUGUAUUACUGCCUAUGGGGCCGGUCAGAGUGUAUUACUGCCUAUUGUGCCUGUCAGGGUGUAUUACUGCCUAUGGGGCCGGUCAGGGUGUAUUACUGCCUAUGGGGCCGGUCAGGGUGUAUUACUGCCUAUUGUGCCAGUCAGGGUGUAUUUCUGCCUAUGGGGCCGGUCAGGGUGUAUUACUGCCUAUUGUGUCAGUCAGGGUGUAUUACUGCCUAUGGGGCCGGUCAGGGUGUAUUACUGCCUAUUGUGUCAGUCAGGGUGUAUUACUGCCUAUGGGGCCAGUCGAGGUGUAUUACUGCCUUUUGUGCCAGUCAGUUUGUAUUACUGCCUAUGGGGCCGGUCAGGGUGUAUUACUGCCUAUUGUGUCAGUCAGGGUGUUUUACUGCCUAUGGGGCCGGUCAGGGUGUAUUACUGCCUAUUGUGUCAGUCAGGGUGUAUUACUGCCUAUGAGGCCGGUCAGGGUGUAUUACUGCCUAUGGGGCCGGUCAGGGUGUAUUACUGCCUUUUGUGUCAGUAAGGGUGUAUUACUGCCUAUGGGGCCGGUCAGGGUGUAUUACUGUCUAUUGUGCCAGUCAGGAUGUAUUACUGCCUAUGGGGCCGGUCAGGGUGUAUUACUGCCUAUUGUGUCAGUCAGGGUGUAUUACUGCCUAUGGGGCCGGUCGGGGUGUAUUACUGCCUAUUGUGUCAGUCAGGGUGUAUUACUGCCUAUGGGGCCGGUCAGGGUGUAUUACUGCCUAUGGGGCCGGUCAGGGUGUAUUACUGCCUAUGGGGCCGGUCAGGGUGUAUUACUGCCUAUGGGGCCGGUCGGGGUGUAUUACUGCCUAUUGUGCCUGUCAGGGUGUAUUACUGCCUAUGGGGCCGGUCAGGGUGUAUUACUGCCUAUGGGGCCAGUCAGGGUGUAUUACUGCCUAUGGGGCCGGUCAGGGUGUAUUACUGCCUAUUGUGCCUGUCAGGGUGUAUUACUGCUUAUGGGGCCGGUCAGGGUGUAUUACUGCCUAUUGUGCCUGUCAGGGUGUAUUACUGCCUAUGGGGCCGGUCAGGGUGUAUUACUGCCUAUUGUGCCAGUCAGGAUGUAUUGCUGCCUAUUGUGUCAGUCAGGAUGUAUUGUUGCCUAUUGUGUCAGUCAGGGUGUAUUACUGCCUAUGGGGCCAGUCAGGGUGUAUUACUGCCUAUUGUGCCAGUCAGGAUGUAUUGCUGCCUAUUGUGUCAGUCAGGGUGUAUUACUGCCUAUUGUGUCAGUUAGGGUGUAUUACUGCCUAUGGGGCCAGUCAGGGUGUAUUACUGCCUAUUGUGUCAGUCAGGGUGUAUUACUGCCUAUGGGGCCAGUCAGGGGUCAUUACAAGGACAGGCUUACCAUUGGUGUGUGCAAAUCAUGGGUUCACACUGUUCCUUGGAUUUUAGUAAAUAGCCAGCCCCCUGUAUAUGGAGAUUCUUAAUAUUAUUACAGUUUGUAUGUAACAUGAUUCUUGUUUCUGUCUCAGGAGCUGGGGAGAGAAUUGAAAAUACUCUGGAAGCCUUUGACAAGUAAGUACAGGAUAUAGCGUUGAGUUCUGUAUGACAAGAGGACAAACUCAUGACAGAUAGUAAUAACCUGUAUCCCAUACAUAACAUUCCGAGCACAUGGCUCAUGUCGUGAGCUGCAGCUCACUGAUUGGUUAAUGUAUCUCUCCCAUGGCAGCGCUGUGGCCAAUCAGACUCACCUCCUGGAGUUAGACUGUCAGCUGACCAAGGAUGGCCAGGUCGUGGUGUCACAUGACCAGAACUUAAAUAGACAGACUGGACAUGAUGUCAACAUCCGUGAUGUCACAUAUUGGGUAAUCAUAAACUGACCUCAUAGCGUUCAUCAACGUGGCACCUUUAUAGGACAGUAUUAAUCCACUGGUGUUUCUUGUUAUAAUUCUGUUCUUUCUGUUUUUAGGAGCUGCCUCUGUACAAAAAUACCUUGGAGGUCACCUUCUUUCCAGGUGAGCAAGGACAUUGCUUACUGAAGAACUUGGUGUAUUUUUGUUCAAAUACACGCACUCUUUAAAGCAGUCCUCGUAAAAAUGUUUCCAUAGCAGGAAUUGUAAAGCAGUUCCACACUCUUUUAAACAUAAUUUUUAUACAUUUUAUUUUUAGAUUUCCUACAUUUUAUGCCUUAAACAUUUUUCAACUAGAAUUUGGAUAAUUUUUAAAGAAAAAUUAUUUUUAUAGAUCACAUCUGAUAGAAUGACAUUUACUGCUAAUUAUCGUAAUACCCACAGAGGUGAUUAAACUGCUAGCACGAUAUACAGAGACAUUCAAUAGAAAUCUUCCACGGGACAAUGUGUCCGGCAGUGGAAAAGUAGUAGAAUAGCUAACUCUGAUCACAAGGUUUUUUAGAUUGUAAGCUUGUUUGGAAAGGCCCAUCUUCUUCUACAGUUCCAGUAUGUCAAUUGUGUUUUUUAUUACAAUUGAGUGUUUGUUUAGUUUACCUAUUGUGCAGUGGAAUAUGUCGCAGUUAUAUAAAUAACUGUAAUUGUCCUCAUACAGGUCAUGUCUCGUCCGGGAGUGACCAACGGAUGCCCCUCCUGGAGGAAGUGUUCCAGAGAUAUCCAGAUAUGCCGAUCAAUGUGGAGAUCAAGGAGGAUAACAAUGAGCUCAUUAAAAAGGUGAUGAGAUGAGAGUCCGUGGUGAUGAGAUGGGCGGUAUUUGGUGAUGAGAUGGGAGUCGAUGGUGAUGAGAUGGGAGUCCAUGGUGAUGAGAUGGGCGGUAUUUGGUGAUGAGAUGGGAGUCCAUGGUGAUGAGAUGGGAGUUGAUGGUGAUGAGAUAGGAGUCCAUGAUGAUGAGAGUCUAUGGUGAUGAGAUGAGAGUGCAUGGUGAUGAGAUGAGAGUCCAUGGUGAUGUGAUGGGCGGUAUUUGGUGAUAAGAUGGGCGGUAUUUGGUGAUGAGAUGGGAGUCGAUGGUGAUGAGAUGGGAAUCGAUGGUGAUUAGAUGGGAGUUGAUGGUGAUGAGACAGGAGUCCAUGGUGAUGAGAUGAGAGUCCAUGGUGAUGACAUGAGAGUCCAUGGUGAUGAGAUGAGAGUCCAUGGUGAUGAGAUGAGAGUCCAUAGUAAUGAGAUGGGAGUCCAUGGUGAUGAGAUGGGAGUCCAUGCUGAUGAGAUGGGAGUUGAUGGUGAUGAGAUGGGAGUCGAUGGUGAUGAGAUGGGAGUCCAUGGUGAUGAGAUGGGAGUCCAUGCUGAUGAGAUGGGAGUUGAUGGUGAUGAGAUGGGAGUCCAUGGUGAUGAGAUGGGAGUCCAUGGUGAUGAGAUGGGAGUCCAUGGUGAUGGGAUGGGAGUGCAGUUAAGCCCAGGGCUCUGGUGCAGUUUAUAAACUCUGCCUAUUGUGCCCUGUAGGUGUCUGACUUGGUCAGACGGUACCACCGCACGAACAUGACAAUCUGGGCCAGUAUGAGCGACCGCAUUAUGAAGAAAUGCCAGGCUGAGGUAAGUGGACCUGGAAUCACUGCCACAGAUUUAUCCCUUUACCUGGCUGUGUCAGCUUGUUAUAUUACAGUGAGAAUCUGCAGUUUAUAUCCUGGAGAGAGAUUUGUUACUGGGUAAUAAUGGGACGUUCUUAUAAGGUGCCGGGACAACUUUAGUUUACAGACCUCUUGAAUCCUUUCUUCGCACUCUCUCUGUGUACCAGGCAGUGUGUGUCUCUCUCGCUCUCUCUCUCUACCAGGCAGAGUCUAUCUCUAUCUCUCCCUGUGUGCCAGGCAGUGUUUAUGUCUCUCUGUGUACCAGGCAGAGUCUCUCUCUCUCUCUCUCUCUCUCUCUAUCUCUCUGUGUACCAGGCAGAGUCCCUCUCUAUCUCUACCUCUCUCUGUGUACCAGACAGAGUCCCUCUCUAUCUCUAUCUAUCUCUGUGUACCAGGCAGUGUCUAUCUCUCUCUCUCUCUCUGUGUAUCAGGCAGUGUCUCUCUAUCUCUCUCUUUCUCUCUGUACUAGGCAAAGUUCCUCUCUCUCUCUCUCUCGUUCUCUCUCUCUGUGUACCAGUCAGAGUCCCUCUCUCUCUCUGUACCAGGCAGAGUCCCUCUCUCUCUCUGUGCCAGGCAGAGUCCCUCUCUCUCUCUGUGUACCAGUCAGAGUCUCUCUCUCUGUACCAGGCAGAGUCCCUCUCUCUCUCUGUACCAGGCAGAGUCCCUCUCUCUCUUUGUACCAUGCAGAGUCCCUCUCUCCCUCUGUACCAGGCAGAGUCCCUCUCUCUCUCUCUCUUUGUACCAGGCAGUCUCUCUCUCUCUCUCUCUCUCUCUCUCCCUCUCUCUGUGUAAUCCAGGCAGUGUUUCACUCUAUAGUGUCAGUGCUCCCCUAUUAUUUAAUACACUCUCUUUCUCUCCCAGAAUCCAGACAUGCCAAUCAUGUUUACACCGCGCAGGGGGCUGAUCCUACUGCUCCUCUACUACACCGGCCUGCUCCCUUUCGUGCCUCUACGAGAGUCUGUUGUGGAAGCCUAUAUGCCAUCUCUUAUAAACAGGUCAGUGUCUUAUACAGAGUUACUGUGCAGCCUCUUAUAAUCAGGUCAGUGUCUUAUACAGAGAUAUUGUGCUGCCUCUUAUAAACAGGUCAGUGUCUUAUACAACAUUUCUUUAUAUUCAGAAUAUUGAAUAUUAAUUCUUCUUAGACUUGUCCUAGUAUUUUCUUAUUAUCCACAAGGGGGCACUUGACUAACAUUAAAUGAUCGCCCUAUAGAACAACAUAUAUUAUUGUGACAGUGGUUCGAAUCAGGCUGUAUAUCUACUCUGCGCUGUCUGUGGAUGAUAAAUUCUCUGUUUAAUGCUAACAGCUGCUCUUCCUUCUCUAUUUCCGUUACAGGACCUAUUUCCCUCACAACCGGCUAAUGAGCAAUCCUCUUCUGGUUUCGCUACAAGAUAAGUGAGUGGCAGCAGCACAUACCUAAAUAUCUCUAGCUCUCUACACUACACCUAUACAUUCCUAGCUCUCUACACUACACCUAUACAUCCCUAGCUCUCUACACUACACCUAUACAUCCCUAGCUCUCUACACUACACCUAUACAUUCCUAGCUCUCUGCACUACACCUAUACAUCCCUAGCUCUCUACACUACACCUAUACAUUCCUAGCUCUCUACACUACACCUAUACAUUCCUAGCUCUCUACACUACACCUAUACAUUCCUAGCUCUUUACACCUAUAUAUCUCUAACUCUCUACACUACACAUAUACAUCCCUAGCUCUCUACACCUAUACAUUCCUAGCUGUCUACACUACACCUAUACAUCCUUAGCUCUCUACACUACACCUAUACAUCCCUAGCUCUCUACACCUAUACAUCUCUAGCUCUCUACUCCUAUACAUCCCUAGCUCUCUACACCUAUACAUCUCUAGCUCUCUGCACUACACCUAUAUAUCUCUAGCUCUCUACACUACACCUAUACAUUCCUAGCUCUUUACACCUAUACAUCUCUAACUCUCUACACUACACAUAUACAUCCCUAGCUCUCUACACCUAUACAUUCCUAGCUGUCUACACUACACCUAUACAUCCCUAGCUCUCUACACUACACCUAUACAUCCCUAGCUCUCUACACCUAUACAUCUCUAGCUCUCUACUCCUAUACAUCCCUAGCUCUCUACACCUAUACAUCUCUAGCUCUCUGCACUACACCUAUAUAUCUCUAGCUCUCUACACUACACCUAUACAUUCCUAGCUCUCUGCACUACACCUAUACAUCCCUAGCGCUUUAUACCUAUACAUCUCUAACUCUCUACACUACACAUAUACAUCCCUAGCUCUCUACACCUAUACAUUCCUAGCUGUCUACACUACACCUAUACAUCCCUAGCUCUCUACACUACACCUAUACAUCCCUAGCUCUCUACACCUAUACAUCUCUAGCUCUCUACUCCUAUACAUCCCUAGCUCUCUACACCUAUACAUCCCUAGCUCUCUGCACUACACCUAUACAUCCCUAGCUCUCUACACUACACCUAUACAUCCCUAGCUCUUUACACCUAUACAUCUCUAGCUCUCUACUCCUAUACAUCCCUAGCUCUCUACACCUAUACAUCCCUAGCUCUCUACACUACACCUAUACAUUCCUAGCUCUCUGCACUACACCUAUACAUCCCUAGCUCUCUGCACUAACCCUAUACAUAUCUAGCUCUCUACACCUAUACAUCCCUAGCUCUCUGCACUAACCCUAUACAUAUCUAGUUUUCUACACCUAUACAUCCCUAGCUCUCUACACCUAUACAUCCCUAGCUCUCUACACUACCCCUAUACAUCCCUAGCUGUCUACACUACCCCUAUACAUUCCUAGCUCUCUACACUACCCCUAUACAUCGCUAGCUCUCUACACUACCCCUAUACAUUCCUAGCUGUCUACACUACACCUAUACAUCUCUAGCUCUCUACCUCUAUACAUCUCUAGCACUUUACUUUCCAUUCGGGAUUACAACCUGAGAUUUGUAAUGACUGCUUUACUUGAUAGCGAGUGUAGACAGCUAGAUUGACAGUUCUACUUUUGCCGGUGUCACCGAUGCUCAGAUACAGGUUUAAACUAAACUGCAGAUCAAGCCAAACUUGUCAGCUGUGCAGCUGAGAACUGGUACAAAAGCUAGAGAGAAACAUUUUUCAAAUUAUACUUGUCCCACAGCCAGGAUUCCUUCGGUCCGUGAGCAGAAUGUGCUUGGAUUUAACUGAGAGAAAUGAGACGAGUCGUAUCCCGAGGCAGGUAUCUGCUGGGCGUAAAGGCUGCAGAGCCAGCGAUACGGAUAUUAAGAAGCAGAGAUUAGUGUGAAUUCGAUCAGUACUUUCACAGUCAAUCCUAACACAGGAAAAUCUUUAAUCCACGGGUUCUGUUUGCUCUCUUCCAGGCUUUUUAUGCAAAAAGGUCUAUUCCAGCAUCUAAAAGAAAGAGGGAUCCAGGUAAUCAGACUGUCUGUUCGUGAUUGAUGUUUUGUUACAGUUUAUAUCUGUAUGGGAAAGGUUCUAGGUAAAUACUGUGAGGAAACCUUGAGUGACUGCCACCCUUACAAUGUUAUGUAGAUAAAGUAUUAAAAAUUAAGCAAAAUUUGUAAAUAGAAAAGAAAAAUUAUUCAUCUCUUAAAGAUCCUUCACCUAUGGCAUUUCCACAGCAAGUGUAGGAGGCAGAGUAAGCUGGAGAAUCACAUUUCACCAAUCCGGAGGCUGUCCUGUCUGUAGGGUCAGAUCAUAUUCCAUAAGCACCUGGCCGGCAUUAGUAGUUUAUUCCCCUGUCCCAGCCCUUGUUUCCCUGCCCCAGCCCUUGUUUCCCUGCCCCAGCCUUUGUUUCCCUGCCCCAGCCUUUGUUUCCCUGCCCCAGCCCUUGUUUCCCUGCCCCAGCCCUUGUUCCCCUGCCCCAGCCCUUGUUUCCCCGUCCCAGCCCUUGUUUCCCUGCCCCAGCCCUUGUUUCCCUGCCCCAGCCCUUGUUUUACUGCCCCAGCCCUUGUUCCUCUGCCCCAGUCCAAUGUUCCCAUGUCCCAGCCCUUGUUCCCCUGCCCCAGCCCUCGUUCCCCUGCCCCAGCCCUUGUUUCCAUCAUCACAAAUGAUUAGCCGAACUCCUCAAUAGUCAUAAUAAAAACAUUAUAAUAAUCAUACCACCAUAACUACUACGGUUUAUUUACAUCCUGGUUCACAGAUUUGUGAACCAGCCUGUCUGAUUCCAUGUUGGCGGUUGCGGCUCAGCUCUCUCUGAAACAGUACAGUCAGUGUUGUCCAAAUUGGACAGAAUUAACACAGGCACCACUGAACUGGAAAUUACAGCUGCAUGACUGACAGCUUUGAGGGGCUGUAUUACAACUGUGUGAUUUUACAAAUGCUUGCAUAUUCUAAGUCACAGUCUAAGUCCGGGUACGAGUGAUGUUCUGCUAUAACGAUAUAUGUGUAGGAAAUGUUCUGGGUGAGAGUUUCUGCAUUAACCCAUGUUUUACCCCCUCUGCAGGUUUACCUCUGGGUUCUGAAUCAGGACUCUGAUUAUCAGAGAGCUUUAGACUAUGGGGUAACAGGGAUCAUGACUGAUUUCCCCUCCAAAUUAAAAGCUUUCCUGCAGCGAUAUGAGGAGGAGCAGAGAACAAGUGGGGGUACGCAGCAUGAUGUGACAGGAGAUGGAGUGCAGAGAAACAGACACUAA